AGCAUACGGUAAAUGAUUUAUUUAGCGGCAACCAAAGGAACUGGUUAGUUGGACACCGGCGGUCGAACUGAGCUGACAACAUGCUAAGACUACUUCUUUUAUGUACCGUGGCGGUAGCCACCAUGGCGGAGGAGAGUGAGCUGCUGACGACAGCCACCAAUCAGUUCACGGCUCGCAUGUUCUCCGAAAUCGUGAAAGAGAAGCCUGACCAGAGCGUUGUUCUGUCUGCGUUCUCCGUGAUGCCCCCCCUGGCUCAGCUUGCUCUGGCUUCAGUUGGUGAAUCGCACGACGAGCUUCUAUCCAACAUUGGCAUGCCAAAUGACAAUGUGACCAAAUCCACGUUCUCCCAACUGAACAGCAGAUUGAGGUCCUCAAAGGACAUCGACCUGAGGAUGGCCAGCAAGAUCUACGUCGCCCAGAAUUACGAGCUCAACAGCGACUUCGCCGUCGUCUCCAGAGACGUCUUCAACUCGGAAGUCAAGAACAUUGACUUCGUGAAGAACACCGAGAGCGCUGCUGAAAUCAACUCAUGGGUUGAAGACCAGACAAACCACCGCAUCAAGGACCUGGUUGACCCUAGUUCACUGGGAGGAGACACAGAGGCCGUUUUGGUGAACGCUAUUUACUUCAAGGGAACCUGGAAGUAUCCCUUCACAAAAGAGGCCACAAAGGAAGACGAUUUCCACGUCAGCAAGGACAAGACAGUCAAAGUACAGAUGAUGUACAACAAGGAGGACUACAAAUACGCCGAAAGCGAGGAAUUGAACGCUCAGGUUAUCGAAAUCCCAUACAACGGUGACGAGGCCUCAAUGCUGAUUGUGCUGCCCAAGGAAGUCGAUGGCAUCAAGCAGUUGGAGGAAAAACUCAAGGACCCAUCUAUCUUGGAGGCAGUCACCAAGAAGAUGCACGAAAGGGAAGUGGAACUCUACCUGCCCAAGUUCAAGAUUGAAACCACAACCAACCUGAAGGAAAUUUUGUCAAACAUGAACAUCAAAAAAUUGUUCUCUGGCGCUGCCAGGUUAGAUAACUUACUGAAAGGAAAGAGUGGACUAUACGUCAGCGACGCCAUCCAAAAGGCUUUUAUUGAGGUCAAUGAGGAAGGUGCUGAGGCUGCUGCUGCUAACGUUUUCGCAAAUGCCCAAUCUUUACCAGAUUUUGUCCCACCGACAGUAUUUAAGGCAGAUAGACCGUUCUACUUUAUCAUAAAAAGUCGUUCUAUCCCCUUAUUCUCUGGUGUCAAAGUUACCAAAUAACUUUUCGGUAUAGUUGCUACCAGCCUGAUCAUCAACCCGGUACCGACACCAGUGUUUAAGGCCGACCGUCCCUUCUUUUUCGCCAUCAAAGUAAAGGGACUUACCCUCUUUAACGGAAUCAAGGGCAACGAUGACAUCAUCAUAUGAAAUGUGUCCCGUCCAUUGUAAUAAGCGACGAACAAAUAAAUUCCAUACAUUCUC